AUGCUUGCGACGAUGCCGCAAUCAGAUGCCACGCAGCAUGGCAGUUUUAGUGAUUGUAUCGCGAGGAACCAGUGUGGAACGACGGUACAGCGCAAGGUGCCUGUCGUCGUCGCAAAUGGUGAAACGAUACGCCUGGAGGCAAGCCCUCGGCCAAUUCACAGCCCCAUUGGCCAGCCCGAGGCAGGAUCACUGAAUGCAAUUCUUCGGGAACACAGUGUGAAGCGACUGUACGUGCCCACCAUCGCGUGGACCGGAGACCAGGUUCGGCUGCUGAACAUGGCAUUCGAGAAGGUAGACGUGCCAAUACGAAAGCCACAGCAAGGCCUACAACAAGGCUUAGGUUACAAGCCUGGCGGAGAGCAACUGGAAAAAGACGAGUGCCGCUGGCCGAGCGCGGAUGCAAUAGCGGCUACAAGAGGGCUGCUGGAAGAGGGUGCGGAGAGGCCAGAAAUUGGCCAUGAAGGCUCUUCUUGCCGAGUUUGGCCUUGUACCGUCUCGGGCUACUCGACAGGCGCUGAUGAGAAAGGACGCAGUGGUAUCAGCGCAAAUGGAUUUCGGUCUCGAAACGUCAGUGGUCUUAAAGCCGGCAAGGUCGAGUUCCAGUUUGGUGACAAGACUGUGAACCAGUUACGGCCGGAUGGCAUCUUCGAGACGAACUCGGGGGGACCACAGCUCGUUGCGUACGCCAAUUUCGAAACAAUAUCGACUUUUCGGAAAAGGCACAGCCGGGGGAGAGCCAGGAAGCUGCUAAUGAUUCAGCCAGCCGAGGCGUGCGAAGACCUGUACAUCAUCGGCAUACUGAUUGGGCUAGCACAGCUUCAGCGACGACGGUCGGGUAGCCGGGAGGGGUGUGAAGCUGAAGGCGGACAGAGGGCAACGCUGAUGGGGAUUCCUACGAGAGAGGCCAAGUGGCUUUACGUCUACACGACGAGGAUACCAGACAAGUUCCUUGCCAAGCUGGAGAGGCCGUCGCAGCGGAGCGACUGCGAUAGGGGCGGUACGCCGGAUGUGGCUGGCGCUGCGUAG